AUGUAUACAAUCACCAGCGUUUACGCGCUGGCCGCCUUCUUGGCCAUCGGCGGCCUGCUCCAGGGUUUUGACGUGUCAUCCAUGUCCGGCAUCAUCUCAUACCCGCCAUUCAAAGAAUACUGCGGUCACCCAGACGCCAACGUGACGGGCGGCAUCACGGCGAGCAUCUCGGGCGCGUCGUUUCUCGGCUGCUUUGUGGCGUUUGUCCAGGUGGACCGCCUUGGUCGGCGCACGACGGCCCAAAUUGCCUGUGUGCUCUUUGUGAUUGGCGCCGUCCUUUCGGCGGCCAGCGUCAAUGUCGCCAUGCUCAUUGUUGGCCGCAUCUUCUCUGGCACCGGGGUCGGCAUGCUGACCUCGUCGGGCCCUGUGUACUUGGCCGAGCUGUGCCGGAAAGAAAUCCGCGGCCGUGUGCUCUCGCUGCAGCCGUGGGCCAGCAACUGGGGCGCCCUGACCAUGUAUUUUGUAGCCUACGGAGCCAUGCAGACGGGCACGACGGCAGGCUUCCGCAUCCCCUGGGGCGUGCAGGCGGCAGCACCAAUUGUUCUAUUCACGGCCCUCUUCUUCUUCCCGCAGUCGCCGCGGUGGUUGGCGUCGCAAGAUCGACCGGAGGAGUGCCUGGCCGAACUGGCACGACUACACGGCCACGGUGACCCGGAUGCCCCCCUCGUGCAGGCCGAGUAUAUGGAGAUUCAAGAGGCCAUGGCGACUAGCCGGGCUCUGGGUGCCGUGCAGUGGUCUGAGCUCGUGCAGCGGGACAACCUGCAGCGGAUCAUGGCCGGCAUUUUUAUUCACGUCUGGACACAGCUGUCGGGCAACAACGCUAUUUUGUUCUAUGUGAGCUACGUCUUUCAGAUGAGCGGGUUGACGGGCAACAUCAGCUUGAUUGCAGCCGGAGUGCAGUACGCCGUACAGGUGGUUUGCACGUUGCCGGCCAUUAUUUUCUUGGACCGACUGGGACGACGGCCGGCUCUCAUGAUUGGGUCUGCCUUGAUGGCCGUCUUUCUGUACUCGACCGCGGCCACAAUGGCGACCAAUGGACAUUACAUUCCUGGAGGACUGAACGGGACCAAAGCCGUAUCCUGGGUCAUCAACGAGGACGCACACAACGCACAGAGGGCUGUCAUAGCGUGCACAUAUCUUCUUGUGGCGGCAUAUUCCUGCACAUGGAAUCCCAUCGGAUGGGCUUACCCACCGGAAAUCUUCCCGCAGCGGCUGCGUGGAAAGGCAGUUGCUGUUGCGACGUCGGCCAACUGGAUAUUUGCCUUUGCCAACAACUACUACACACCGUCGGCCUUCCAGAACCUGCAGUGGCGCACGUUCCUCAUCUUUGGAACGUUCAACAUUGCAGCCGGAAUUCACGUCUUUUUCUUGUUCCCCGAGACGAGAGGGCGGUCACUCGAGGAUAUGGAUGCCAUCUUUGCCUCCGGUGUGCGAGCAUGGCGGACAAAAUCGUUGCCCGACCGACUAGAUCUUGCCGUUGAUGAUGCCAAGUGA